UUUCACUUCAGCUGAGGGUUUCCACCUUCCAGAUCUGUCAAAAUUAGCUCUAGUUCAAAAUUGAUCUAUUCACCAAUUCGUAGCAAUGACACAAUUUUGGUACUCCGCUAUUGUCGCUCUGUCUGUGGACUAUUUUCUGUUUAACUAACGAGAGGCACCCUUUAUAAUUAUGGAGUUCUAAAAAGAUGAUAGUGGAUUUUGGGGGGAAGGAUCCCCUUUCCCCUCUGAUUUAAUGGUUCUAUUUCUGGAUCAGAAGAGGCACUAGAGAGGAGGAUUGUGUGACUGAAGAUUAGGAGUGGGCCAAGAUGAGUGUGGCAUCUCCAGACUGCACUGUGAAAUGCCGCUCUCUCCAGCAUGCAGAUGAUGUGGUGGCAGCGCUAACGAGUGGCACAGAGGGGCAGCUGGUCACCUUCUUGUCCACUCACUGUCACAAUGCAGCCACAUUGCGGGACAACUUUGGUCGCACUGCCCUGCACAUGGCCGCUUCAUUAGGAAAGAAGGCACUGUUGGAGUGGCUGCUGGAGAGUAAGAGUGCAGAUCUUCUGGCAAAAGAUAAGGAGUCCGGCUGGACUGCACUGCAUCGCAGUGCCUUCUAUGGGCAAAUUCACUGUCUCAUCUCAUUAGUGAAGCACGGUGCCCUUCUUUCCACCCAAGACAAAGAGGGUUUCUCUGUAUUGGAUCUGACAAUGAAGGACCGCCCAGCACAUGUGGUGUUUAGAAACAGUGACCCAACAGAGGUAUACACUUGGGGCUACAACACAAAUUUCAGCCUUGGCCAUGGUAAUCAGGAGAGUCGGCAGCACCCUGAGCUCGUAGAUGUGUUUGCAAGGACAGGGGUUUACAUCAAGCAAGUGGUCCUAUGCAAGUUCCACACUGUGUUCCUAUCCCAGAAAGGCCAGGUCUUCACUUGUGGGCAUGGUCAAGGAGGUCGACUUGGCCACGGAGAUGAACAGACUUAUAUGGUUCCCCGGGUGGUGGAGGGUCUCAUGUCUCAUCAUUGCUCUCAGGUAGCAGCAGCCAAAGACCACACAGUGGUGCUGACAGAGGAAGGCUACGUUUACACUUUUGGCCUCAAUACAUUUCAUCAGCUGGGUCUGUCUCCACCUCCUGCUUCCGCCCAUGUCCCCAAACAGGUGUUUUCUAAAACACUGAAAGGGAGAACUGUGACUGGAGUUGCCGCUGGAAGGUUUCAUACUGUACUAUGGACAAGAGAGGCAGUCUAUACCAUGGGUCUUAAUGGCGGCCAAUCAGGUUAUCUGCUGGAUCCCAAUGGUGAGAAGUGUGUGACUGCUCCGCGGCAGGUCUCGGCACUUCACCACAAAGAUGUUAGCAUUGCCAUGGCAGCUGCCAGUGAUGGGGCAACAGUGGUUGUGACAGAGAAAGGAGAUGUUUACUUAUUGGCUGAAUACCAGUGCAAGAAACUGGCUUCCAGGCAACUAAACAUCAAGAAGGUGUUGGUUACUGGAGGCACUCUUGAUCAUAGAGUGGACUCACAGCUUCUACGGGAGACAGGAGGGGAGAAAGUUACCAUUUUAGCUUUGGACGAAGCAGGAAGGGUGUUUUGUUGGCGAUCCUUGGGCAGCUUGGUGAGACAGUGCCGCUGGGCCUACACACGGCAGGUUUUUAUGUCAGACAUUGCCCUCAGCAAGAACGGCCUGAUGUUUGUGACUCAUGAUGGGGAGGCCUUCAGCGGCUCUUGGGCUGGAGAGUAUAAGAAGUUUGAAGAGAAGAAAGAAAACUGUGUGGAGGUUUGUGGUCAAACAGGGACAUUCUAUGAGAAGAUCCGCUUGGAAAGGCUCCCUUUUGUACACCGAGCUGUAAGCGUCACAAUGGACUCUAAGGGCCGAAAUUAUGGAGUGCUUCAAGUUGACCCCAAAACAAGUUUGUAUGAGAUUCCCAGCUUCUCCCCAUCCUCCUUCCCUGAGCAUUUCCAGAGACUCCUGGAGGAGGCUGAUGAAACCGACAGCAUUCAUGACGUCACUCUUCAGGCCGGAAACCGAACUUUUCCUGCGCACAAAUACAUACUGUCCAUGCGCUCUGAGUUUUUCCAAAAGCUGUUUUCAGUAAACAACAGAGCAGUUGAUAUGGAGGAGCCUGAUAAAGAAAUAAGCAGAAGCGAAGAUGCUGUGGGCUGUGAUUUGAUCAUUUUUGAAAAGAGUGCCCCUGAAAUGCUGGAGUAUGCUCUGCACUUUAUUUAUACAGACUCCUGUGAGCUUCUGAUACACGGGGCUCGGCCACGGGUGCCAGAGGUCCACAAAGGACAAAACCAGGAUACAGAACAGAGCAGGCUUAUCAGCGGACUGCAGGACUUGGACUUGCGAGGCCGGUCAGCGUUUGAGGUCUAUAACUCCCUUACUUCAACAACCAAAAGAGAUGGUGACAAGACCAAGGCUAAAGGCCCAAAAGCGAACAAAAAGCCCAAAGGAAACAAAGCAGCAGUCAGUGAGAGCGGCUAUAACCCAGUGAAGACCUUGCAAGGGGUAGCGAAGAAGCUUGGGCUGGGAAGUUUAUCUGCACGACUGGAUGGAGUCAAAUAUGAUCAUGGGAAAAUUAACGUUGUGCAGAAGAAAACCAGCAGCAAAUUUAAGUUCAACCAGAGAAAAUGCUCUUAUCUGUGUGAUGUUACUCUAAAGUCUGAAGAUGGAAAAGAGUUUCCAUGCCACAAAAGUGUCCUCUGUGCAAGACUAGAGUACUUCAACAGUAUGCUUGGAAACCCCUGGAUUGAGGCAACAUCUUGCUCUGCUCUAGAAAUGCCAACAAGCUCGGAGAUCCUUCAGGUUAUUCUUGAAUACCUUUAUACAGAUGAAUCUCCGACCAUUAAAGAGUCUCUUAAUGUGGAGUUUGUGUGCAAUGUGCUGGUAGUGGCCGACCAGCUUCUCAUCACACGACUGAAGGAGAUGUGUGAAGUUGCCAUAACUGAAAAAUUAACUCUAAAGAAUGCUGCAGAGCUCCUGGAGUUUGCUGCUAUGUACAACGCAGAUCAGCUCAAACUCUCCUGCCUCCAGUUCAUUGUUCUUAACAUUGGUGCCCUCCUGGACUCAAAAGCCCUGGAUAUUCUCAGUGAUGAAGUGCUUGUAGAGCUCACUGCAGCCUACAGGCGGAUGAUACCAGCAAUGCAGAGAAGGAUCAUCACCCCGUACCCUGGAGCUCCUGAUCUCAGUUUGUGUGAAGAAGAUUUGGACUCCAUAUUCACCCUCAAACCUGAAACAGAAGGGGAUCAUUCUGGCAGAGAAAUAUUAUUGAAGAAGGCCAAAAUCAAGGCCAAAAAGAAACCAAGACGGCGUUUGGACAGUUCAGGCGGCUACACUCUCUCAGAUAUAAUUCAAAGUCCCCCAACUGCAGUGGUAACUCCAUGUUUUGUGAAGUGCCAAAAGGCCAACUCCAUAGAGUCUUUGCCAGAGUUACUCACUUCAGACUCUGAGGGCAGUUACAUGGGAGUGAGCAGCCCUCGAGAGAUUCAGUCCCCCAUCUUCCACGACAAGCCAGAGGAUGAAAAGUUAUUUAGCCAAAAACUGAAAACCCCACCCAGCACUCCUAUUUCUCUGAAAAAUUGUUCUACUCCUCCCAACUCUGCUCCCCACCACAUCCCAAAAGUCAUUCCCAGUACACACAGCUCUCGCUGUACACCAGUUUUUGACCUGAGAACUAUCAUGGAUAUGGAAGCAAAUUCUCAGCAGAUUCUUGGAGCAACACCAAAGAGCCCAGGAAGCACUAAACAGUCUCCAGCCACCACAAAACUGUCCCAGAAACAGAGAAAGAUGUUGGCUCUGGCUAACAAGGAGCCCAUUGUGGAGCCAACAGCAUCCAAACCAACCCCUAUUGUUACUCCUUCAACAGCCAGUGGGAAAGCCUGGGCCACAGCAGUCCAGUCUCCUCCUUCUUCAAGCUCUUUCCGGGCGCUGCUGGAGGAGGAGGAGAAGAGGCUGACUCGACUGGGACAAGCUGGAGCUCAGAGGGGCCAGGCGGGUCACAUCUCUCCUGUGAACACCAGCUCUGCUCCAAAGAGGGUCACGUUCAAAUGUGCAGAUGGCAAUCAGACAGAAAAACCUACAGGGCCCUGGGUACUGCGGGCUGUGGGCAGCCCUCCCCCAUCCUCUGCAGUUGCCACGGUGACCUUUGCCUCCAUCGUGGAGGAAGAGCGGCAGCAGGAAGCUGCGUUGAUCCGCAGCCGAGAGAAGCCGCUGGCACUCAUCCAGAUUGAGGAGCGUGCCAUCCAAGAGCUUCUGCUUCAAUACAGGGCUCAGGACAACCCUGAUGAGCUGAUCGUAGUGGAGCGGGCUUCCAGAGGCCCUGUGGCUGUCCCCAUGUGGAACAAACACUGAGGCUGAAUCACCAUCAAAUUGAAUACCAUUACACAAAAUUAUUGGACAUUUUUUUUUUUUUAUGAAACAAAAACAGAAAAUGCUUGAUUGACAAGUAAAAACUGUCAACUAGGAGUACUUAGACAAACCAUCAUAAGAGAACAAACCAUCUGAUAAAUGAACAGACUCUGAACUUGUAUCACACGGACAAGGCAGCAUGAGUAGUUCAAGUAAAAUUAAAAUGUAUGCUUCUCUUAUGCGGUGUUCUUUGUAGCUGUGUGUGAACAAGGAAAAUAUAUUUUGAAAUCUCUGGAUUUUACUUAUGCAUGUUUAGCUUUUGUUGUAUUGCUGAAAACUGAAAAGCAACAUAAUGAAAAUUAAACAGUCCUUAAAAAUAUAGUUAAAUGUUGACAUAUUUUAGCUGCACUGGUCUGCAAGACCAGUGAACAUAAGCCAACCGAAGAUUGUCUCGUGUUCAUUUAAUUGGAUGUGAUAAACAAAGUGAUAGUGCCAAUGGUAUUCAAAAAGAAUGAAGUGAGCUCUUUACCAAGAAAGUAUCUUUAAUUUCUUUUAAUAGUAUUUUUUGUUUAUUUUCAUGAACUGAAUAUCUGCCCUGUUAGAGUAAUGCAGUGAAGAUUGUGCUUAAGGUUGAUUCUGGUUUAUUCUGAUACUUGUCACAUUUAUCCUUUUCUUUUCCCUCCCUUAGUUUUGUUCUCAUUUUAUGAAGCCAAUGUAAGCUUGAUAGGUACUUCAAAAUGGUACCAUUGCCAGUCAUGAGUGUGUGUGCAACAGAGAGAGCGAGAGAAACACAUAAAAAAGGCACAAUAAAAUUUCACCCAUGCAUUG